UUAAACUCAUCUGCUGAGUGAUCCUUUAAAAAAUUCUCCAACAAGCCUUGGUGUUUUUUUUUUUUUUUUUUUCUAGAAGAAUAUAUGAUUUGAAUGUUGUUUGCACCUUUUUACCUCUUUCAGUUUUCAAAACAUUCUGAAAAACCAGGAGCCACGAAGUAUUAAAUGUUAUAAAAUAAAAAAAACUGCAAAUAUCCAGCAAUCUGCUGCAAAGAACGGAGGAAGCAAACACACACACUGCUCUGAUGCAUCUGUGCAUUAGACUCUGCAUAGGAAAAUUGUGAUCAUUUAAAAAAAAAUCUUGCUGCAAAUUGAAAGCUCUUUUUCUUGGUAAAAAUUAAAUAAAUAACUCAAGCUGGCUCAUACUCUUUCAAACCAGAACAGUUUGACAGCUGCUCUUCACCCUCUUUGGAGGACUGUCAACAGCAAAAGGAUGGCAUCAGAACUGGCAAUGAGCAACUCCGACCUGCCCACCAGUCCCUUGGCCAUGGAAUAUGUUAAUGACUUCGAUCUGAUGAAGUUUGAAGUGAAAAAGGAGCCGGUGGAGCCCGAUCGCAGCAUCAGCCAGUGCAGCCGCCUGAUCGCCGGGGGAUCUUUGUCUUCCACCCCGAUGAGCACGCCUUGCAGCUCGGUACCCCCUUCUCCAAGCUUCUCGGCGCCCAGCCCGGGCUCUGGGAGCGACCAGAAGGCACACUUGGAAGAUUUCUACUGGAUGACCGGCUACCAACAGCAGUUGAACCCGGAGGCUUUGGGCUUCAGCCCUGAAGACGCAGUAGAGGCUCUGAUCAACAGCAGUCACCAGCUUCCAAGCUUCGAUGGCUAUACUAGAGGGCAGCAGUUUGCCGGCGCAGCCGGAACAGGAGGCACCAUGGCUGGGGAAGAUAUGGGAUCGGCUGCCGCUGUUGUGUCUGCAGUUAUCGCGGCGGCUGCAGCACAGAACGGGGGUCCCCACCACCACCACCACCACCACCACGCCGGGGGACACCACCAAGCACCCGGGGUCCCCUCUAACAGCAACUCAGGUGGGAACCACCAGCACCACGGCAUGCAUUUGGAUGACCGAUUUUCGGACGACCAGCUGGUGAACAUGUCAGUGAGAGAGCUCAAUCGGCAGCUAAGAGGAGUCAGCAAAGAAGAGGUGAUCAGGCUCAAACAAAAGAGGAGGACCCUCAAAAACAGAGGCUAUGCCCAGUCCUGUCGCUAUAAGAGGGUCCAGCAAAAGCACGUCCUGGAAGGCGAAAAGACCCAGCUCGUACAGCAAGUUGAACACCUCAAACAAGAAAUCUCCAGGCUGGUCCGGGAGCGGGAUGCCUACAAGGAAAAAUAUGAGAAGCUAAUCAGCAAUGGCUUCAGAGAAAACAACUCCGGCAGUGACACCCCUUCGUCUCCAGAGUUUUUCAUGUCAUCCAGAAAAUUUCUACAUCUGUGAUAGAGAAAUGACUGAGUGCCCUUGGCCUUGAAGUAUGAG